CGGCGGCUCUGGGGCCGUCAGUGGGCGGGGCGGGGCCAGGACACACUUCCGCCCCUCACCAAGAUGGCCGCAGGCUGGAACUGCGCAUGAGCAGCUGUCUAUGGAGAGACCUAGAUCCAAAGACGGAGAACGCUGCCGGGGGACAUUGGCGACUGCAGCGGCCUGGGCCGGAUUUAGCAUUCAGGCCUUUGAGUCAGGAGAUACGAAGUCCUCUGAGAAAAGACCAGUGCCUCGGAUGCGCCCCCUCACAGAGAGAUGAAGGGGCAGCAGAAAACAGCUGAAACCGAAGAGGGGACAGUGCAGAUUCAGGAAGGUGCAGUGGCUACUGGAGAGGACCCAACUAGUGUAGCUAUCGCCAGCAUCCAGUCAGCUGCCACUUUCCCUGACCCCAACGUCAAGUACGUCUUCCGAACUGAGAAUGGGGGCCAGGUGAUGUACAGGGUGAUCCAGGUGUCUGAGGGGCAGCUGGACGGCCAGACAGAGGGCUCUGGCGCCAUCAGUGGCUAUCCUGCCACUCAGUCUAUGACCCAGGCAGUGAUCCAGGGAGCUUUCACCAGUGACGAUGCGGUUGACACGGAGGGAGCAGCUGCCGAGACCCAUUAUACCUACUUCCCCAGCACUGCAGUGGGAGAUGGUAAAGGUGGAAUCCUGUCCAAAGCCUGUGAUUAUAUCCAGGAGCUGCGGCAGAGCAACCACCGGUUGUCCGAAGAGCUGCAGGGGUUAGAUCAGUUGCAGCUGGACAAUGAUGUACUCCGGCAACAGGUGGAAGAUCUGAAAAACAAGAACCUGCUACUACGAGCUCAGUUACGGCACCAUGGAUUAGAGGUCGUCAUCAAGAAUGACAGCAACUAACUCUGGGGACUCAAGGGCUUUGGGCCGAGAACUGCAGAUAGCCCAGGA